UCACUCUCAUGGACAUGAUCACUCUUGACUUUUUGUAAAACGAAACAAAGGAAAGGUUUCCACUUGUUCCUGGCAAUGUCAGGUUGCGCUACCGCUCACUUAACAUUGCCUCUGUGGGACGGUGGGUCACGAAAAAUUCGUUUUAUUUACUUGGUAAAUGUUACGUCAUUCAGCCUGACAGAAUGUCCCAACAAGGACCUAGUAGUUCCUCUCUAUUUAGGAGCUGAUCUCUUCUCAAACACUGUCAUCCGCACAGAAAACCACCCGAGAUACCAUGCCAAGUAUGCCAGGAAAGGACUGGCCACAAAAAUACAUUUUUCCUCAGCAUUCAGAUUCCAUGGGCUAAAGGUGCCAAUUGCAAGUAACAGCCUCUGGUUCUACAGCAUUCAAGGACUUUUUCGAGUGGCCUUUGAAAUGUACAAUAAACAAGAGCAGCUUGCUGUACUAGAGAACCUCCAGGAUGUGUGGAAAUCACAGAUAAACGACAGCCCACUGGAAAUGAGCUACAACCUGAGUGAGCAACUCGACAACAUAGUAUCCACAAAAAGUGUUUGUAGUACAUCUCAGAAAUUUAUGUCACCAUCUCAGUCUUGUCAAGACAACAUGGGAUUUGAGGACUUAUGUGGGAGUGAUACAGCAGAUACCUCAGCAGAUCAUGAUUACUGUUCUUUCCCUAAGCAGAGACUGCAACCAGGACACCAAACACUUUUAUCUGCAGUGAGAAAGAAAUUGCAGUGUCUGGAUUUCAGACUUUCCUCUGAGAGCCAAAGAUACAUUGAGAAGCUGGAAACUAUCUGGCUUUUUCUGGAGCCCAUUGACCAGUAUAUGUGUGGAACAUUGGAAGAAAAGCAUGUGACAGAAACUCUGCUAGCACUUCUAAACUCCAAAGACUGGGGUGGUGUGUAUUCAAGCUCCCUGCUUAACUGUUUAGGACGCUGGCUUGGCCAGCAGUUUCACACAGCCAACAGCAGCAUCAGCCAGAGAGUGGAGGACUUUAAAGUCCAGCAUAUUGAGCGCAUUAGUGACUUACCACCUGCAGAGAAACUAGUCACAGAACUAUUCCCAGAAGCUAUGCAAACACUGCUGCUUCACUGGAUGGGCUUAAGUGAGGAGUGCACCCUGGAAAAGAGACACAGCGAAUAUCCAAUACUGCUCCUCAUCCUCGAAUUUGUCAACCACAACCUCAUCACUGGUGUGGCUCAUGUGUUGUACUCUAGUCUUUUAUGCAAAGAUGGGCUUCCCACAUAAAGAUCUGACAUUUUACUACUCCUCCAAUAUUGUAUAAGGCGGCAUUUUCUUUGGAUUUAAUUAUAUUCGUUCAUCCACCCCAACUGGAAACACUUUUUCAUACAAUAAAAAUGUAAUAUGUUUGAAACUUCAUAUUCGUCACAAACUAAUUUGAGAAUAUUUGAAAUAUGACUAAUUCUUGACCAUCUAUACUUAACCCCCCACUUCCCCCAAAAGACAA